AAGUCACAUUCCAAUUCCACCACCAGCAACAACAAAAGAUCCAACGAAAGAGCACACAUAAAUUUUAAAAAGAAGUCUAAUAAAAGAAGACAUUUGCAGAAAAAAACUAUUAAUUCAGCACCACUUACGCAACUUGGCAGCAGGAUGUCCGUGAGAGAUUUCAUUAAGGGCCUGCCAAUUCAUGAUUCGAGCAAUUUCACCCACUUGAGCAACGAACAUGGAAUUCGGACGUCGCAGAAGCGAGCCUCCGUCUACCUACCAACCGAGGAUGAGCAUUCCGAGCAGCUGAUCGUGAUGGACAAGCGCUGCGUUCUUCUGCGCUACCUCACCCAACAGUGGGACAAGAAGACGCUCCAGCGGAAGCGGGAACACGGUGGCGAUUCCGGAAAUGGCAACGGAAACAGCUCCACGCCCAACGGCAACAGCUCCAGCAGCAAAAAGCGCCCGCGAUUGGACCCCAACGAGCUGAACUGAGCGGCAGGACCAAACAGCCUCCAGCCCCACGAAGGACAUCCCACACAGAACACGCGCCCCAGAGCUUCGCCAACACGAGCUACCCGUCAUUCAUAAACAUAUAUUUAAUUAAAAAUACACUUAGUACAAAGGAGUUGCAGUCAAACUUCCAAUACCUGAAGUCGCAUCGAGAAUUCGCUUUCAAAGUUUUGUUGCCUUUGCUUACUGAAAAAAGAAAUCUAGCAGUACAAUUUGUAACCAGGCGUUUUUUUUAAUGCCAUCUUUCAUCUUUAUGGCGAUAACAAAAGAAUAUUUUGUACUUACCUAGGAAAAGAAACUAGAAACAAUUUUAAUUGUAACCAAAUUGCCAAUAACUUGAUGUUUCAUUUAGGGAAUAUACUUCUAAAUUUAUACAAAAACAAAUGAUUGUCUAAUCCGGGUAGUUGCCAACCACAUUUAUCGGCUCAGAUCACGAAUUCAAGAUAGUACUUAAGUAUAAUUGCACGAGUUCAAGUUUGUAAAACACUUUGCUGGAUUUAACUUCAGUUGGUCAAAUAAUAUUCCAACAACGAAAAAUCUAUUUUACAAACUGAUUUCUUCUAGGAAGUUUGACUGAAUCCUGGUACCAGACACAUAUUAUAGCACAUACUCAGAGCUCCAAUAGAUUUACUUUUAAAAACAAA